AUGUUUGGACCCCGCCAUUUCUCUGUCCUUAAGACAACAGGUUCUCUCGUCUCCUCGACUUUCUCGUCAUCUCUCAAGCCCACUGCAACUUUCUCCUGCGCCAGAGCUUUUUCGCAAACAUCCAGCAUCAUGUCCAAGGUUUUCUUCGAUCUCGAGUGGGAGGGUCCCGUCCUCGGCCCCAACAACAAGCCCACCAGCGAAAUCAAGGCUCAGUCUGGCCGCAUUAACUUCACCCUCUACGACGACGUUGUCCCCAAGACCGCCCGCAACUUCAGGGAGCUCUGCACUGGCCAGAACGGCUUCGGCUACAAGGGCUCUUCUUUCCACCGCAUCAUCCCCGAGUUCAUGCUCCAGGGUGGUGACUUUACCCGUGGUAACGGCACUGGUGGCAAGUCCAUCUACGGCGAGAAGUUCGCCGAUGAGAACUUCGCCAAGAAGCACGUCCGCCCUGGUCUUCUUUCCAUGGCCAACGCCGGCCCCAACACCAACGGCUCCCAGUUUUUCGUCACCACUGUCCCCACCAGCUGGCUCGAUGGCCGCCACGUCGUCUUCGGCGAGGUCGCUGACGAUGAGUCCAUGAAGGUCGUCAAGGCCCUUGAGGCUACUGGCUCCAGCAGCGGUGCUAUUCGUUACUCCAAGAAGCCCACCAUUGUCGACUGCGGCGCUCUCUAA